AUGGCACCCAACGAACCCAUUUUUGCUUCAAACACAACAGGUGACCCAGAAGCGACAUCGUCAUCUACUGCUGUGUCCGUGCAAACGCCCGACUUCAGAGUCCAGGACGAAGACAAGGAGAAGCAACCAUCUCCCGCAGAUCCGAUUCCCAAUGGCGGUUUCAAGGCAUGGCUCCAGGUGUUUGGGGCCUUUUUGCUAUUCUUCAAUUCCUGGGGAAUUAUCAAUACUUUCGGCGCGUUCCAAGCAUAUUAUGAAUUUACUCUGCUCAAGUCGACUUCGUCUUCGUCCAUAUCUUGGAUCGGCACAUUUCAAGCCUUUCUCCUGAUCGUUUUUGGCCUCGUUGGGGGUCCGGCAUUCGACAAAGGCUUUUACCGGGAGUUGAUUGCUGGCGGCACGUUCUUCUUAGUCUUUGGAAUAAUGAUGACUAGUCUGUGCACAGAAUACUACCAGUUUUUCCUCGCCCAGGGCUUGUGUGUUGGCCUGGGCGCUGGCGCCGUCUUCUUGCCCAGUGUCGCCUUGGUAGCAACCUAUUUUUCGACCAAGCGCGCGCUAGCAACUGGUAUCACAGCUGCCGGAGGAAGUGUUGGAUCGGUCAUCUAUACGAUCGUCUUUCGCCAGCUCCAACCGCGGCUAGGCUUUCCCUGGGCAACAAGAGUCAUUGGCUUCAUCGCACUGGGCACCCUGCUUGUCAGUCUGGCAAUAAUGCGCUCUCGUUCCCCGCGCGAUGCUGCAAAGAAGGCCCGUAAGCUGGUCGACUUGUCUGCGUUCCAGAGUGUCCCUUUCAACAUCUGUGUUACUGGCAUGUUUAUCGCAUUCAUCGGCCUUUAUAUCCCGUUCUUCGACAUUAUCACCUACGCCCAGACCCAUGCAAACGUCAAUGAAAACAUGUCCUUUUAUCUUCUCUCGAUAAUGAAUGCCGCCUCCGCCUUGGGACGUAUCAUCCCAGGUUUGCUAGCCGAUCGUUUUGGUGCCCCAAUUAUUCUGGCGACAUUGACAAUAUUCUCUGCCGUGCUCGUGUUCGCCUGGAUUGCCAUCGACUCCUUGGCAGGGCUAGUUGUUUUUAGCAUCUUGUACGGAUUCAUGUCAGGAGGUGUCGUGUCACUUCCCGUCUCGAUCAUUGCCUCUUUCACAAACCACCUGGGCCAGGUGGGAACCUGGAUGGGAAUGGCCUUUUGCUUCAAUGGAUUGGGAAUUUUGAUUGGGAACCCCAUCGCCGGCACCUUGAUCAAUACGGAGAAGGACGACUAUGUCCGAGCCCUUGUCUUUGCGGGUACUACCAUUGUUGGCGGAGGAGUUGCCUGGUGGGUUCUGUGGGCCUACAUCACCUUUGUGAAACCAAAGCCCAAGGCGUAA